GAGCCGCCGCACGACUUUGUCUGUCCGAUCACGACCGAGGUGAUGAGCGACCCGGUGAUGGCGGCGGACGGGCACUCGUACGAGCGGUCGGCGAUCGAGCGCUGGCUCGCGACCAAGUCGACGAGCCCUCUGACGGGCGGCGAGCUCGAGCGUAGCAUCUUGAUCCCCAACCACACGCUUCGGCGGCAGAUUGGCGAGUGGCACGAGGCGCAUGCGGGACGGUAG